AUGAAUAUGAUAGACUCUGAGGGUCUCCGAAAUCGCGCGGAGCGUGGACAAGGCUUGGAACAAUUCGUCAAGGAUGAAGACACUUUAGCACUGGCAAGAUCUGGGAAGAAGCAGAUACUAGCUCGUCGCUUUGGUUUUAUAAGUGUUGUUGGAUUUGCUUGUACAUUAAUGAACACAUGGGAAGGUGUCUUGACGACGUUUCUGUUAGGAUAUCAAAACGGUGGUCCAGCCGGGCUCGUAUACGGUUUCCUCGUGGCUUGGCUAAGCUAUAUCACCGGGUGGGUGACUGUUGCUGGAUGGGUGUCUUCGACAGCUACAACAUCCUUCUUUGCAUCGAGUUUAGUCCAAGGUCUAAUCAUUUUGUGCAACGAGUCAUAUGUUGGAAAAGGAUGGCAUGGGACGUUACUCUACUGGGGAGUCAUAGUCCUCGCUUUGAGUGUCAACACAAUCUUCAGCAAACUUUUGCCGGCUUUUGAGGUUACCGUGCUCAUUCUUCAUGUUCUUGGUUUCUUCGCGGUUCUUAUUCCGCUGGUCAGAUUGGCGCCACACACGCAAUCAAACGAGAUUUGGGGGACGUUUUUGAACAGUGGUUGGAGUUCCAUGUCGUUGGCAUUUUUCAUCGGCAUGGAAGGAGUUGCGGCACCCUUCGUGGGAACUGAUGGUGCCGUCCAUAUGUCCGAGGAAAUCAAAGGAGCUGCGAAAACAGUACCUCGGGCGAUGAUUUAUUCGAUCAUGAUAAAUGGGUUUCUUGGCGGUGGUAUGCUACUUGCCACAUUGUACUGUGCUGGAGAUCUUGAAACGGCAGCAGCAUCACCUACUGGCUAUCCAUUUAUUGCCAUCUUCGCCAACGGCGUCAAGUCGACCGCUGGAGCCACCGUAAUGGAGAAAGAAAUACUACCUCAAGUGUAG